GCCCACGCUGUUUGGGUGAAGGGGCCUGGCUGCCAGACUUGGCCUGCAGAUUCUGGGCCGUGCACACAUUCACACAAAAGAAGCCGGAAAGUGACAGGAGGAAGCUGUGCGUCACAGGGCACUGAGCGGGACCCAGCCGUGCCUGCCCCGCUCCAGGACAGACCCGCACUGCUGCCUUGAGCCCUCAUCUGAGCUGCUUCCAAUGAGACUCCUCCUGCUUGUAGUGGGUUUCUCCACUUUGCUGAAUUGUUCCUACACACAAAAUUGCACCAAGACACCGUGUCUCCCAAAUGCCAAGUGUGAAAUCCACAAUGGCAUGGAAGCCUGCUUCUGCAGUCAGGGCUUCGCUGGAAAUGGUGUCACAAUCUGUGAAGAUAUAGACGAGUGCAGUGAGUCGGCUGUCUGCGGUGACCACGCUGUGUGUGAAAACCUGAAUGGAGGAUUUAACUGCUUCUGCAAGGAAGGCUACCAGACUGCCACCGGGAAGUCGCAGUUCACACCAAAUGACGGCUCUUACUGCCAAGAUAUAGACGAGUGCAGUGAGUCUGCUGUCUGCGGUGACCACGCUGUGUGUGAAAACCUGAAUGGAGGAUUUAACUGCUUCUGCAGGGAAGGCUACCAGACUGCCACCGGGAAGUCGCAGUUCACACCAAAUGACGGCUCUUACUGCCAAGAAAACGUGAAUUCAAAUUGCCACUUAGAGCGUGCCUGCAUUGCUGCAAAUGUUAAUAAAACUUUAAAAAGAAUUGGACCCAUAAAAGAGCAGAUGACUUUAUUCCAUGAAAUCUACAGAAAUUCUGAGGCUGAGCUCUCUCUGACGGAUAUAAUCACGUACAUAGAGAUACUAUCAGAAUCACCUCCAUUACUAGACCACAUAAACAGCACCAAUUCAGCCAAGGAUGCCCGUUUCAAUUCUUCUCUUACUGAAUUUGUAAAAACCAUCAAUAAUUUUGUUCAAAAUAAUGCAGUUAAACUUUGGGAACAAUUACCUACAAAUCACAGAAGACUACAUCUCACAAAACUGAUGCACACUGCUGAGCAUGUUACCUUAAGGCUCUCUCAGAACUUCCAAAACACUACUCGGUUCGAUAUGAGUUCUACUGACGUGGCUCUCAAAGUUUUUGUUUUUGAUUCAAACCAAAUGAAGCAUGCUCACCCCCAUAUGAAUGUGGAAGGAGGCUAUGCAAAAGUAUUCCCAAAGAAAAAAACUUCAUAUUACUCAACUGGCAAUGUUGUAGUUGCAUUCCUGUGCUAUAAGAGCAUUGGUCCCUUGCUUUCCUCCUCUGAGAACUUCUUACUGGACCCUCAAAAUGAUAAUUCUGAAGGGAAGGAAAAAGUCAUUUCUUCAGUGAUUUCUGCCUCAAUUAGCUCAAAUCCACCCACAUUGUAUGAACUUGAAAAAAUUACAUUUACACUAAGCCAUGUAAAGCUCUCAGAUAGGUACAGGACACAAUGUGCCUUUUGGGACUAUUCAGCCGAUGCCAUGGAUAACGGCAGCUGGUCAUCAGAAGGCUGUGAGAUGACAUACUCAAAUGAAACCCACACCUCCUGCCGCUGUAGUCACCUGACGCACUUUGCAAUUCUGAUGUCAUCUAGUACGUCCAUUGAUAUUAAGGAUUAUAAUAUCCUGACCAGGAUCACUCAGCUUGGGAUAAUCAUCUCCCUGAUUUGCCUCGCCAUAUGCAUUUUCACCUUCUGGUUCUUCAGUGAAAUUCAGAGCACCAGGACCACAAUUCACAAGAACCUCUGCUGCAGCCUUUUUCUUGCAGAGCUUGUUUUCCUUGUUGGGAUCAACAUGAAUACAAAUAAGCUGGUCUGCUCUGUCAUUGCUGGCCUACUCCAUUACUUCUUCUUAGCUGCCUUUGCCUGGAUGUGCAUUGAAGGCAUACACCUGUAUCUCAUCGUUGUUGGAGUCAUCUACAACAAGGGGUUUCUGCACAAGAACUUUUAUAUCUUUGGCUAUCUCAGUCCAGCUGUAGUUGUUGGAUUCUCAGCAUCUUUAGGAUACAGAUACUAUGGCACCACCAAAGUAUGUUGGCUAAGCACUGAAAACAACUUCAUUUGGAGCUUCAUAGGACCAGCAUGUUUAAUCAUUCUUGUUAAUCUCUUGGCCUUCGGAGUUAUCAUGUACAAAGUGUUUCGCCACACAGCUGGGUUGAAACCAGAAGUAAGCUGCUGUGAGAACAUAAGGUCUUGUGCCAGAGGAGCGCUGGCCCUGCUCUUCCUCCUGGGGACCACCUGGGUCUUCGGGGUGCUCCACGUAGCACAUGCCUCCGUGGUGACUGCUUACCUCUUCACAGUCAGCAAUGCUUUCCAAGGGAUGUUCAUUUUCUUGUUCCUGUGUGUUCUAUCUAGAAAGAUUCAAGAAGAAUACUAUAGAUUGUUCAAAAAUGUCCCCUGUUGUUUUGGAUGUUUAAGGUAAACAAAGAGAACCCCUCAUAAUUACACCUGCGAUGAGAUGAAAA